AUGACGUGUAAACCCCAAACUCUCAAGGUCUUGCAGUACAAUACACAGAAGUCGAGGGAGGUGAUGAGUGUCCUUCUCCCACGCAACGCGAUCGGUGACUACGACAUUCUUGAGAUCCAAGGGCCAUACCGAAACACCUUCCAGAACAUAUCCCACCACCCAGUGAAAGACCGGUUCCACCCGCCACACUUCGACAGCAGAGAUGCUAGGAUCCUCAACAACGUCGGCAAAAAGAUCGUCCAAGGCACGUGGAAAUCAGCUACUUCAGGAGUGACAUUUGUGUUCUCCACCUCAAUGUACCAAACGGCAGGCAUAUGCGCAUCUACAAUGUUUACAGCUGACCAAGUGGAGAACCCCACAUACAAUCAUUGA